AUGUCCGCUGAAACUUCUGUGGAUCCAUCAGAGAUGAGAGAAGCUAAAAUUCCAUUAGCAUGGCGUGAUAGAUGUGCUGCUCUUUGGAUACCUCUAGAGAAAUGUCGCCGUGAAACUUAUUUUCUUCCAUGGAAAUGUACACAGUUAAGACAUGAUUAUGAGCAGUGUCAAUAUUUGGAUUUUCAAAGAAGAGUCAAGGAAAUGGAUGAAUUGAAGGAGUUGAAGGCUGCUAGAGACCGUGAAACAGCUGAAGAGUAA